AUCACACACACCCACACCACACCACACCGCACCGCCACCUCCCUUCCAGUCAUCUGACAUCUCCUCCCGUCCUCUCCUCUUCUCGAAGCAUCCUCCUCCUCCUCCCUCCUCUCCGCCCGGAUCGCGAUGGCCGCCGCCGCCGUCGCCGCCGACUCCAAGAUCGACGGCCUCCGCGACGCCGUCGCCAAGCUCGGCGAGAUCAGCGAAAACGAGAAGGCCGGGUUCAUCAGCCUCGUCUCGCGCUACCUCAGCGGCGAGGCGGAGCAGAUCGAGUGGAGCAAGAUCCAGACCCCCACCGAUGAGGUCGUGGUGCCCUACGACACCCUCGCGCCCCCUCCCGAAGAUCUCGACGCCAUGAAGGCCCUGCUCGACAAGCUCGUGGUGCUCAAGCUCAACGGAGGCCUCGGCACCACCAUGGGCUGCACCGGCCCCAAGUCUGUCAUUGAAGUUCGCAAUGGGUUUACAUUUCUUGACCUUAUUGUGAUUCAGAUUGAGUCCCUGAACAAGAAGUAUGGAUGCAGUGUUCCUUUGCUUCUAAUGAACUCUUUCAACACUCAUGACGACACACAGAAGAUUGUUGAGAAGUACUCCAACUCCAACAUUGAAAUUCACACUUUCAACCAGAGCCAAUAUCCUCGCAUUGUUACUGAGGACUUCUUGCCGCUUCCAAGCAAAGGGCAGACAGGGAAGGAUGGCUGGUACCCCCCAGGCCACGGUGAUGUGUUCCCCUCUUUGAACAACAGUGGAAAACUUGAUACCUUACUGUCACAGGGAAAGGAGUAUGUCUUCGUGGCGAACUCAGACAACUUGGGUGCUAUAGUUGACAUCAAGAUAUUAAACCACCUGAUCCAUAACCAGAAUGAGUACUGCAUGGAGGUUACUCCAAAAACAUUGGCUGAUGUUAAAGGUGGUACCCUCAUCUCGUACGAAGGAAGGGUCCAGCUCUUGGAGAUUGCCCAAGUCCCUGAUGAGCAUGUGGAUGAAUUCAAGUCGAUCGAGAAGUUCAAGAUAUUUAACACAAACAACCUGUGGGUGAACUUGAAGGCGAUCAAGAGGCUUGUAGAUGCUGAAGCACUUAAGAUGGAAAUCAUUCCCAACCCCAAGGAAGUUGAUGGUGUGAAAGUGCUACAGCUAGAAACCGCAGCUGGAGCAGCGAUCAGGUUCUUUGAGAAAGCAAUCGGCAUCAAUGUUCCCCGCUCAAGGUUUCUGCCCGUGAAGGCUACAUCUGAUUUGUUGCUUGUGCAGUCUGAUCUCUAUACCUUGGUCGAUGGCUAUGUCAUCCGCAACCCGGCCAGAGUGAAGCCAUCGAACCCUUCAAUUGAGCUUGGUCCUGAGUUCAAAAAGGUUGCCAACUUCCUUGCCCGUUUCAAGUCGAUCCCCAGCAUCGUCGAGCUUGACAGCUUGAAGGUCUCUGGUGAUGUCUCGUUUGGCUCUGGAGUCGUACUCAAGGGCAACGUGACCAUCGCCGCCAAGGCUGGAGUCAAGUUGGAGAUCCCAGACGGAGCGGUGCUUGAGAACAAGGACAUCAACGGCCCAGAGGAUAUUUGAGUGACGUUCACCCGCCUGCCCGCCCACCUUCUCGCAUCCCCAGAAACCUUCCGGUCCUCCUUUGCUGAGUUAACCGUCCUGUAAUUUUUCGUGUGCAUUCUGCUGGGGUGUUGUCCUGCGGGAGCCCCGUUACAUAAUAACUGUAAUCCCCUCCGUGCGGUCCAUUGACACUUCCGUUCUUCCUGGGAGUGCCAGGGACGUAAAAUUUCUUUUGGUUAUAUGAUAUGAUGAUGCCAUAGUUUUCACA